AUGUCUAUCUUACCUCCCUUUCAAGCUCAGGAUAUCCAGAUUCAGCCCAUAUCCUGCGUGGAGAUGCACACAGCCGGCGAACCGACCAGGAUUAUCUGGUCUGGCUUCCCAGACCUAACUGGAACAUUAGUCAAACAACGAGACCAAGCAAAGGCAAAGCACGACCAGUUUCGUCGCCUGCUAUUGCUAGAACCCCGCGGUCACUACGACAUGUACGGUGCCAUUCUCCGCCCCAAGACAGAACUCGUAAAUGCUGGCAAAGCAGAUAUGGGCGUUUUGUUCUUGACAAAUGCGGGUUUCUCGAUGAUGUGCGGGCAUGCGACUAUUGCUAUGGGCCGGUUCCUCGUCGAUACAGACGACGAAAGUAUCUUUUCACGUCGGCGCCAGCUGGAAUAUGAUACCGAUUCUGGCACAACUCGUCUCAAUUUACAUGUGCCAUGUGGGAUUGUCGAGGUGACUGUUCCCACCCUUCCGACGGGCAAGUCUGAUCCAUCUCGACCUGUCACGUUUGUCUCUGUCCCGUCAUUUGCAACGGCUCUCUCUUUAGAAGUUCCACUGCCGGAAACACACCGGUGGCCAGAACUUCAAGGUCGAGCCUCUGUUACGGCUGAUUUCUCGUAUGGUGGGACUUACUAUUGUUUAAUUAGCACUGAGGAGCUAGGAUUCCCCAAAGGUUUGGGCGAGGUCGAGCUACAGAAGAUGGAUAACGCAACAAGGCUAUUGAAAGAUGCCGUGAUAAAAAACGCGGCAUUGGAGUACGUCUUUCGGCAUCCUGAAACUGGAGAUUUGGGCUUCUUGUAUAGUGUCAUGAUCACAGAUAGUCGUCUUGGCCAUGUUGCUACGGCAGUAGAUACUCCAUCAUUCAGAGCACAGCGGGAGUCUAAACUUGAGGAGACAGGCCUCUGUUUCUUUGCAAACCAGCAGGUCGACCGAUCUCCAACUGGAGGGUGUGUUGCUGCGCGGAUAGCUCUUGCGCACGCAAAAGGUGCUUUGAAUUUAGGUGAAAAAAGGCUUUAUAAUUCGUUGAUUACUCGCCGUUAUCCGGCUCUUUCAGGCUUCUUGGGGUCUGUGUUUGAUACUGCUGAAGAUAAGCGGUCGGUAAGAGUCCAGGUGGAGGGCUAUGCAUUUUACACAGGAUACCAUUCUUUUGUCGUUGAAAAGGAGGACGGUCUUGGGGUGGAUGGGUUCUUGCUGAAGUGA